AUCCACAGCAAGACUGAGAAUCGUGCUAUUUUCAUUUUAGAGGAUACACCACUGCAACCUUUAUAAUGCAAACCCAACCAGAUAUCAGGAGACUUCUGUUUGACAGAAGGAUGAUAGACAUGGACAAUUACAUUGCAAAUUUGUAUACCACACCAAGAAGUGAAAUGUUCCCAAUACUAAGCAAGAUAAUCAAACGUGAAGAAUGGGGAGCGAUGCCUCCACGGAAACGCAAGGCACACAAGACUCCGGUGCAACACAUGGUGAUAACAUGGACGUAUACUGACCCCUGCGAGACGAAGGAAGAAUGUAUCAAAGCUGUCCAGGAAAUACAAAAAGAUCACUUAGAAAGGGGCGCGAACGACAUACAGUACAAUUUUCUAGUCGGUGGCGACGGAAAUAUUUAUGAAGGCCGAGGAUGGAAGUAUGCAACUCACUAUCCUAGAGAAACAAACCCAGACCAAUGGAAAGAAGUUUUUAAAAAUAACAGUAUUCAAGUCGCCUUCAUUAAUAGGCCAAGCAAUAAACCAACCUACAGUAUGCUGAAGGGGAUAGCAACAAUUUUUGCUAUCGGCGAAGAAGAAAAGUAUUUGGUUAAAAAUGUAAAAUAUUCCAGAAUAGCAUAUAAUGAAGUUAUGUCGUUUACGUUUUAAACAACACUCUUAGUAAUAUAACCUGUGUGCUGUUAUAGGUAUUGUUAUUAUAAAUAAUAUAAACGUUAUUUUAUCUUGA